AUGGCGAUUAGUUCUGACAAGAGCAGAGUCAUGAGACUAAGUAUGAUCAGCAGUUUACUUAUAAAAUGUUUGAUCCAUUUACUAGCUAUGGCCGCAUUGCCUUGUGAAUCAGCUCACGAUGAUGACGAUCCAACCAGAGGUUUCGUCUCCUUUCCUUUCAACACGUCCUACUACCACAUCCAGAGCCCUUACAAUUUGCCUGAAGAGAAGCGUUACAGCUUCGUCAAUGGCGUCCACAAGUGCUGGGUUUACUCCACCGACAAGCCGCAUUCCCGCACCAGCAGGACCAAGCCCCGCACCGAGAUCGCCAUCCAGGGGUAUGAAUACAAAUCGGGCACGUGGGAAUUCGAAGCGUACGGUUACGUGCCGAAAGGGACAUCCGGCGUGUCGAUUAUGCAGGUGUUUGGAAGCAAGCCACCGACGGCGACUUCGUUGAUGCUCAUGGUUUACGACGGCAGCCUCCACUGCUACAGCAAGGGCCAAGUCGUGCUCGCGAACAUCUACAACAAGUGGUUCAAGCUGAAUGUGAUCGACGAUUUCGAUUCCAGAAAGAUCCAGGUCUACAUCAACAAUGAGCUCAAGCUGGAGGUAAUGGGGCGUGGAGGUAAAUAUCAUGCGUUCAAAUGUGGAGUGUAUGCACACCGGAACGAUUCUCGUCGCAUGGAGUCUCGCUGGAAGGGCAUAAAGAUUUUCAGAAAGAAGGUCUAG